CUUUUGGUGUGAGACCACUCGGAGGCAUGUUCACUGUUGUGGCAAGAGGGCUAAACCAGAGGCUAUUCAACUUCCUGAGGCCCGUCGCUCUCACUUCCUCUCUCAUGGCCAACUCCACUAGGGUUUCUGCCUACUCCGCUGGUUCACCCACCAACUCUCUGCCUAUAAAGCGCGUGGGCACCCACAAUGGAAGCUUUCACUGCGACGAAGCUCUCGGCUGUUUCAUGAUUCGCCUCACCAACAGGUUCUCUGGCGCCGAAAUCAUCCGAACUAGAGACCCUCAGGUUCUGGAAACCCUUGAUGCUGUGCUUGAUGUUGGUGGAGUCUAUGAUCCGAGUCGAGACCGGUAUGAUCAUCACCAGAAAGGGUUUGAGGAGGUUUUUGGGCAUGGCUUCACUACGAAGCUCAGCAGUGCUGGUCUUGUUUAUAAGCAUUUUGGGAAGGAGAUAAUUGCUAAGGAGCUCCAACUUGAUGAAGAACAUCCAGACGUGCUGAGACUGUUUUUAGCUGUUUAUAAGAGCUUCAUGGAGGCAAUUGAUGCAAUUGACAACGGCAUUAAUCAGUAUGACACAGAGCAGGCCCCUAGAUAUGUGAACAAUACACACUUGUCUUCAAGAGUUGGAAGAUUAAAUUUGGAUUGGAUUGACCCUGAUCAAUCUCCAGAGAAGGAGAAUGAAGCCUUUCAACAGGCAAUGACUCUGGCUGGCAGUGAGUUUUUAAAUAGCCUUAGGUUUCACACAAGGUCAUGGCUACCAGCGCGCUCAAUUGUCAUGAAGAGUCUUGCAGCAAGGCAAGAAACUGAUCCUAGUGGAGAAAUUAUGGUCUUGACCAGCUUUUGCCCUUGGAAACUUCACUUAUUCGAGCUCGAGGAAGAGAUGAAGAUUGACCCACCCACCAAAUAUGUUCUUUAUCAGGCAGUGGCGGUAUCUCCCGAUAGAUUUGAGAGCCGGAAGCCCCUUCCAUCUCAGUGGCGAGGUCUGAGAGAUGAUGAACUCUCAAAGGAGGCAGGAAUUCCUGGUUGUGUGUUUGUACACAUGAGUGGGUUUAUUGGUGGAAAUCAGAGUUACGAGGGUGCACUGGCAAUGGCAAGAGCCGCUUUGAAGCUUUAAGCAUUGAAGAUCGAUUCCAUUGGCAUCUCAAGAUGUUCCUCACAGCAUUUGAAUAUGAGUUGUUUUCAUCUGUUUCAAUUCACUAAAGCUAAUAUAAAGAGUAGCCAGAUUGUUGGGCUUUAUGUGGCAGAUAUAUUGUUUAAGAUUCUACGGAGGUUUUUCCUUUUGGUCCGAAUUCUAGUGAGGGUGGGAAUGAUGACUUUUCCUAGUUCAACGUUGAGUCCCAGAUUUAUUUUUUUGUGGGUUUCUCAUUAGAAUAUGAAUACGGGCAAUCAACCAAGAAUUCAGAAUAUUUUGUUGUAGUCUAUUCACUGAGCCUUUUUGUUUUCUUUUUUCUUUCUUUUUUCUUUCUUUUUAGGGUGGUUCUGUAUUUCAAAUAUUAUUGUGGGAGCUAUGCAGCUCCUAGCGAAGGUUCCAUGUACACUUUUUUACUCCUGCAUGGAUUUAU